AGUACUGAGAGAGUUGUUGCCCCUAAAUUCCGAACUCGAAAGAAAAAGCUAUGAAGUUUCCAACGGAGGUUUAGGACAGCUGGCUUCUUCUAAUUGGCGGAAUUAGACACUAUUUAGGGCAUUCUUCAACGCACAUCGAAGCCCAAAGAGUGGUAUCACAGCUUGCAUCAAUUUCGCGCUCUCAGCUCAAAAACCCUCGUCGAAGUCGAUGAGCAAGUCUCCGCGCAGAGAUCUACAAGUCUUCGAUUUCAAGGAAGAGGAUGAAAUUGCCUCCGAUAAACACGAUUUUCUCGCUCGCGAUUCCCAGGUCAACAAGGUUGGCAUAAAUAGUGUUGCCAGUAUUCCUUGUGUUGAUGUUGAUGUAGCUGGUGCUAUUUUUAAUCUGGGAAAAGGUGGUUCCGACCCCUCUUCUGAUACAAUGGAAUAUAUAUAUGAUAGCAAAGAGAAGAGCUCUGAGUUGGAAGCUGCUAAUCAAUCUAAUUCAGUUAGUCAUGAAAAUCACCGUCACUGUAAAAUAGAUAUGCAUAACUAUGAUGAACCAGAGAAAAUGGAUACAAAUGAAGUAUCAUCACCUGAAACGAGCCAGAUUGAUCCUUCAGGGUCUUCAUACAGUAAUGAAUCAGUUGAUGUCAAUUCAGAGGCUGAUGAGGGCAUGAAUGAGAGUGCUCCAACAAGUCCUGCUUCUGAUAUUGCAGAGAAUGUUUCAUUAAAUGGUCAUGGAUUCAAUGGCACAGACAAUUCUGACAUGGAUGACACAAAUACAGAAGUUGUUCUUCAUCCUGAUUAUGUCAUAUACCAGGAUAAUUAUUAUAUGGGGCCAAAGUUAACCUUUUCACCUUGUUGCAUCAAGUUCAAUACUUCAACUGCAUGUAUAAAGCAAGAAGCCUUUGAUCUUGAAUGGGCAGUUGAUGAUCUCAUUGAUAUUAAGUGUCAGUUGUUUAAAAAUAGUGGAAUGGUCAUUAUGAAGCUUCGUGUCAUAUCAAUUAAUGCAACCCAGUCAAAUCAUGUUAGCGAUGCUUCAGGCAUUGAGGAAUUGGAGAUUGCGGUUGUUGAUUCCAAUUGGUCUCAGAGACAUAAACAGAUCACAUCUCUUAAUAUGAAAUACUUGGCUAUUUGGAACAUUGUGCUUCAUAUGGAUGUAGAAGGCCAUGAAACUGAUUCAUGUGGAUCAAGAUGCUACUUCCCUAAUUUUGAGGAGCCUUUUGAUGAAGUUGUCUAUCCUAAAGGGGAUCCAGAUGCUGUUUCCCUAAGCAAGAGAGAUGUAGAUCUCUUGCAACCUGACACAUUCAUUAAUGACACAAUUAUUGAUUUUUACAUCCAGUAUCUCAAGAAUCAAAUACAAGAGGAGGAAAAGCCUAGAUUUCACUUUUUUAAUAGUUUUUUCUUUAGAAAGCUGGCUGAUAUGGACAAAAAUCCAUCUAGUGCUUCUGAUGGAAAAGCAGCAUUUUUACGUGUUCGUAAAUGGACAAGAAAAGUAAAUUUAUUUGCAAAGGAUUAUAUCUUCAUUCCCGUGAACUUCAGUCUCCACUGGAGUUUAAUAGUCAUAUGCCAUCCUGGUGAAGUGGUUAAUUUUAAUGAUAAGGAGCUGGACAAGUCACUUAAGAUACCUUGUAUAUUGCAUAUGGAUUCUAUAAAAGGAAGUCAUAGUGGUCUGAAAAACCUGGUGCAAAGUUACUUGUGUGAAGAAUGGAAAGAGAGACAUAAGGAUGCAUUGGAAGAAGACCUUUCAUCAAGAUUCUUUAAUAUGCGCUUUCUUCCACUUGCGUUGCCGCAGCAAGAAAACUCGUAUGAUUGUGGCCUCUUUUUGCUGCACUACCUAGAGCUCUUCCUGGCUGAAGCACCUCUUAAUUUCAAUCCAUUCAAACUAACCAAGUUUUCCAACUUUCUCAAUGUGGAUUGGUUUCUCCCUGCUGAGGCAUAUCUUAAGCGAACACUGAUCCAGAGGUUAAUCUUUGAACUUGUGGAAAACGAUGGUUCACAUGAAAUCUCUUCCUCUGACUGUAGUGAUGACGAUGAGUGCUUAGAAAAUAAUGGGAACAGAACUGGGAUUGAGCAUCCUGAAGUCAAUAGGGAGUCAACAACUUCCCAUACUGGGCAGGGUAUAGAAAUCACUCUAUUGUCUGGUUCAUCAUCUUUGGAUCCUCAAUCCUUUAACAAUUCAGGCUUGGUUCUCAAAGAGCUUUUUGAGCCUGGAGCUACUGCAGGAACCAUAUUGGGACAGUGUCAAUCUUUUGACCAGCGCUCAUCUGAUUAUCGUUUCAAUGGUUCAAUGUUUUCGAUGGAGGAAGACACAGAUCUUGGAGAACAGUUUAUGUUCUUGGCUACAGAUUCCAACUUCCAGCAAGUGGCUGGAAUUACACCUCAAGCAUGUUCUUUGCCAUAUUUUCCCACUAGAGAUUGUGAAGAUGAGGCAUGUCAGAGACAAGAAAUCUCUUUGCAAGCAGAGCAUGAUGUGGUUGAGUCAUCUCUAGAUGCAUUAAGUGGUGCUUCAGAUGAUUCAGAAGAUGUAAGGGUUACUGAAAACUGCCCCGUUGGGAAUGAGCCCGGAUCAUCUAAUGAAGCUGAAGGUGAGAAAACUUAUUCACCCGCGGAAAAUCCUGAUGAUGUUAUUGAUAUUUCCACCUCUGUCGUGGGAAUUUCUCAAGACCCAAUUACGAAGUGUGAUGAUAACAAGAAUGAAGAUCUCCACCCUUCUGGUGAAGAAAUCCCCACAAUACCAUUGCAACAAGUUUCUGAUGCAGUAGAUGACGAGGCCGCAUGUGAUGAUGGUCUGAUGAUUGAUGGCAUGGCUCCUGAUAUUUGUGAGGAACAAGCUCCAAAGAGGCGGCGGGUUAUGCCUCUACAAUGCAGAAGUGAGGGCAUUGUGACAGAAUCCAAUUUGUAGAUAUGGAUAAAUAAAUAUAGCUUUCUUUUACCUUUGUUUUGAAUUGUUUCUAGGUUUUACUUUGCCAAUAUGUGAAUAGUGUCGUUGCUUAGCGGUUGAUUUUAUGACGCUUUUGUGGCCGUGUUAUUUCUGCCACCAAAAUUGAGAAAUAUCUGCGACUUUAGAUACAAUUCAAUUGUACAAUGAUAGUAAAUUUUUUUCUAGAUGAAAACCUUUCAAGCUCUUUU